GGUGUACCCCAUCCUCUCGUUUUAUUAUAUCUAUCUCAAAACACUUCCUCGUUGCACUCCAUUUCCGUGUUUUCUUUCUGCGUUCUUCUCUUUUUCACUUUCGCCAUGCGCGACACGAUGAGUUAACUUCCUCCUCUUGCUUCUCGUAUUCGGAACAGCUAUAGGUCUAAACUAUCUGUGAACAGUUGCUCCCUCAAACAACAUGGCUCAAGCUAAGUAUACUAGAAUAGAUAAUAUUAAUAAUAAUAAUAAGCGAUCGGCAACGAGCUACCUUUCGACAGUGACUAUUGUCGUGUUUGUUGCUCUUUGCUUGUUUGGUAUUUGGAUGAUGACGUCAUCGUCUGUAGUGCCUGUGCAAAACGUAGAUAUGUCUCAGGAUAAUAAGAAUGAGGGGCAGGAUCAGAGUGGGGUGAAAGAACAAAGCGAGGUGCAAGAACAGAGCGAGGUGACAGAACAGGCAACUGACCCCUCUAAUAAAAGUUCUCAACAGUUUGAAGAAAAUCAGGGAGAUCUGUCUGCUGAUGCAACAAAAGGGGAUAGUAGUGUGGAACCUUAUAAAAGCUCUGACGAGCCAGAAAAAACAGAAGAUAAAUCGGACGAAAAGUCUGAAGAGAAACCUUCUGUUGAUACAAAAACAGAAAAUCAAGAUUCAAAUGUUAGCGAGAGGAAAUCAGAUUUUGAUGAGAGCGUGAAGAAAUCGGAUUCUGACGAAAGCGUGAAGAAAUCAGAUUCUGAUGAGAGCGUGAAGAAAUCAGAUUCUGAUGAGAACGAUAAAAAAUCAGAAUCCGAUGGGACUGAAAGUAAACCCGAAUCAAAUGAGAACAUGCAGUUCGAUUCAUAUUCAGAUGAUAAGAAAUCUGAUGAUGCAGGUGAAACACCAGAUACGACCGAAGAAAACGUGGAACAAACUGGUACCAAAGACUCUGACGAAAAUUCCGAUAAGAAAACUGAUGACACUGCCAACAACCAGGGUUCAACUGAUGCAUUCCCUUCUGUAGCUCAGUCAGAUCUUCUGAAUGAAAGUACCCCGCAAAAUGGUUCUUUUUCGACUCAGGCAUCAAAGUCAAAUAAUGAAAAGGAAUCUCAAGAAUCCUCCAAGCAGUCUACUGGGUACGAUUGGAAACUGUGCAAUGUCACUACUGGCCCUGAUUUCAUUCCAUGCCUCGACAACUUGAAAGCAAUCAGUAGUCUUCCAAGCACCAAACACUACGAGCACAGAGAAAGGCAAUGCCCCCAAAAACCUCCUACCUGCCUUGUCGCUCUUCCUAAUGGAUACAAACGCCCGAUUGAAUGGCCCAAGAGCAGAGAGAAGAUAUGGUAUUCUAAUGUUCCACACACUAAGCUUGCGGAAUAUAAGGGGCACCAGAAUUGGGUGAAAGUAACUGGCGAAUACCUUACUUUUCCAGGUGGUGGAACCCAAUUCAAACACGGUGCACUUCAUUACAUUGACUUCAUACAACAGUCUGUGCCUGAUAUUGCUUGGGGCAAACGCACACGUGUGAUUUUAGAUGUUGGAUGCGGUGUUGCCAGCUUUGGCGGCUUUCUCUUUGAAAGAGAUGUACUUACAAUGUCAAUGGCACCAAAAGAUGAACACGAAGCUCAGGUACAAUUUGCACUUGAAAGAGGGAUUCCUGCUAUAUCCGCUGUGAUGGGCACAAAGAGGCUUCCCUUCCCUGGGAGAGUAUUUGAUGCAGUCCAUUGUGCACGCUGUAGAGUUCCUUGGCAUAUAGAAGGUGGGAAACUUCUUUUAGAGCUGAACAGAGUUUUGCGACCAGGUGGUUUCUUUGUAUGGUCUGCUACUCCUAUUUACCAGAAGCUUGCUGAAGAUGUUGAAAUAUGGACAGAUAUGAAGAAACUAACAAAAGCAAUAUGCUGGGAACUAGUGUCCAUCACCAAGGAUAAACUUAAUGGAGUUGGUAUCGCUGUGUUCAAGAAGCCAGAUUCUAAUGAAUGUUAUGAAAAACGUUCUACUGCUCAGCCUCCUAUGUGUCCAGACUCCGACGAUCCUAAUGCAGCAUGGAACAUUCCAUUACAAGAUUGCAUGCAUAAAAUACCAGUGAAUUCAACAGAACGUGGGUCACAAUGGCCAGAAAGUUGGCCAGCAAGAUUGACCAACUCACCUUACUGGCUUACAAAUUCUCAUGUUGGAGUUUAUGGAAAGCCCGCCCCUGAAGAUUUUACUGUUGAUUAUGAACACUGGAAACGUAUAGUGUCCAAGUCUUAUCUUAAUGGGAUCGGAAUUAAGUGGUCCAAUGUGCGGAAUGUCAUGGAUAUGAGAGCAGUAUAUGGAGGGUUUGCUGCUGCCUUGAAGGAUUUGAAUAUUUGGGUCAUGAAUGUGAUUUCAGUGAAUGCUCCGGACACGCUUCCCAUUAUUUAUGAACGUGGUCUCUUUGGCAUGUACCAUGACUGGUGUGAAUCAUUUAGCACCUAUCCGAGGUCCUAUGAUCUACUUCAUGCAGAUCGACUAUUUUCAAAUAUUAAGAAAAGGUGUAAUUUGAGAGCUGUAAUGGCUGAGGUUGAUAGGAUUCUUAGGCCUGAGGGAAAGCUUAUUGUGCGGGACACUACUGAAAUCAUUAACGAGAUAGCAGCUAUGGUGAAGUCCAUGCAGUGGGAGGUUCGCAUGACUUACUCUAAAGAUAAAGUUGGCUUUUUGUGUGUCCAGAAGUCUACGUGGCGGCCUUCGGAAUUCGAAACACUCGAGUAUGCUAUUGGCAAGUUAUCAACAUGAUUGUUGGGUUUUCGCUGUCCAAAAUUCUUUGUACCUUUACUUCCGCCAUUAUUUAUGUAUAAUUAUAGUUAGGCAUUUAUGUGCUCUUUUGAUUUUCCCUUGGUAACGAAUUUUGAUCCCUGUUACGAUUUGUGUCUUUUGCUGUAACAUGGUGCUAUACAGUCAAGAAAAUUUUAUCAUAUUCUUUCAAAUGUAGA